AGACAGUGGAACGACUGUGUCUCGGUAGCUGUGCACAGCUAAGGCAGCAAGAAGAAGUAAUCCCCAGAACAGAAGAAGCAUUUUCAGCUUCCAUUUCCAACCCAUGUUACCCAUGGUUUUUGUUUUGCCUUUUAUGCUGCAAAUGCUUGUUCUCUGAGUAGCUUCAGACCGUUCUCAUUUGAAGCUGGGAACUUGUUAUGUUUGUUGGGAGGAAGCAUUGUAGGAGGGAAGGAUAAGUAACUUGAUUUUUCUUUUCGAGGAUCCAUAAAUUAUGCAGACUCCAAAACCAAGAAAUGGAUCUUCUGAAGUGCCACAAAGGGUCUCUCCCCGAGCAGUUCGUCAACUUAAGACAACUGGACUAGAGACUGGAUCUUCAUUGUCUCCAAAUCAAGCUAGUAGAACUCCAAAAGAAAAAAGCCCUAAAGUUGUUGACCGUCGUUCACCAAGAAGCCCAGUUACUGAGAAGAAGCGCCCAAGCAGAAUAACUGAAUUGGAGCUACAGGUUUCUCAGCUUCAGGAGCAGCUGAAGAAGGCAAAGGAUCAGUUGAGUGAAUCUGAAUCAUGGAAGAAGCAAGCUCAGAUAGAAGCCGAGGAGUCUCAGAAGCAACUAUUGGCCAUCUCUUCAAAGCUCGAAGAGUCUCAAAUGCAGCUUCAUGACUCAUCCAAUUCCAAAGAAGCUCAUGUUAUUAAACUCCAAAAGAGCUCACAAGAAGAGGAUCAGGGUGAUGAGGAAUGGAAAUCUGAGGUUGAGGCUGUCCAGAAACAGCAUUGUUUGGAUUCAGCUGCUUUGGCUUCUGCCAUGAAUGAAAUUCAGCAACUUAAGGCUGAGCUCAAAAAGGUGGCCGAAUCUGAAGCCACACAAACCAAGCAAGCAGAAGCAACACAUCAGGAGCUUCACUCCUUGAAAGGGAACUUGAUGGAAACUCUUUCUCUCAUUGAGAAUAUGAAAACCCAGCUAAAAGAUAGCAAAGAAUUGGAAGCUCACGCCCAAACCUUGGCUGGUGAAACUUUGCUGCAACUGGAAACUGCCAAAAAAUCUGUUGAGGCACUCAGGUCAGAAGGCACUAAAGCCAUUGAAGCUUACAACUCCAUUGCUUCUGAGUUAGACCAGUCAAGGGCACGGGUGAAUUCACUAGAAGAACUUGUUAGCAAACUCAAGGCAGACGUAGCCAAAUCUAGCUGCAACCUCUCUUUGGAGUUUGACAGUGAUGGCAAAGUUGAGAGGGAAACCGGAAAAAAUCAAAAGUCAGAGGAACAGUGCCAGCUUGAAGCAGAAGUUUCUCUCUUGAAGUCUGAGAUUCAAUGGUUGAGAUUUGCUCUUGAGAAUACUGAGACUAAAACCCAGGAACAUAUUCAAAGCACAGUUCAGAUACAGAGUGCUAAUGCACUGGUGGAGCAGAUAGAGUGUGGAGCCAGCAAGAGAGAGGCUGAGCUGUUAGCAGAACUAGAGAAAGCAAAAUUGGAUAUUGAAGAGUUGAAGGCAAAUCUGAUGGAUAAGGAAAAUGAAUUGCAGGGCAUUGUAGAAGAAAAUGAGGGGCUUCACAUUAAGCUUGAAAAGAUGCUUUUGAGUGAGCGAGAAACUGAACUGGAAAAUGAGUUGAAGAAGUUAAAUGAAGUUGUUGCUGAUUUGAAGGCAAAUAUGAUGGAUAAAGAAACAGAACUGCAGAAUAUAUCUGAGGAGAAUGAGGUGCUAAGGUUGGAAAUCAGUAAAAGAGGCCUGGACAAUGGUAAAGCAAAUGAUGAGAUUGUUGCAGAGCUAGAGGUGGCAAGAGCUAGAGAGAGGGAGGCUCUCACGAAGCUUGGUCUUGCAAUGGAGGAGGCAGAUAAGAACAACAGGAGGGCUGCACGGGUGACCGAGCAGCUAGAUGCUGCACAGACUGCUAGUUCUGAGAUGGAGUCCGAGCUCAGAAGGCUGAAGGUACAGUCUGAUCAGUGGCGGAAGGCAGCAGAGGCAGCUGCUGCAAUGCUGUCAGCAGGUAACAAUGGGAAGUUUAUGGAAAGAACCGGAUCGCUGGAUAGCCAUUAUAAUUCAGUCACUGGAAAAGUCAGCUUGCCUUACUCUGAUGACAUGGAUGAUGACUUGCUGAAGAAGAAAAAUGGGAAUAUGCUAAAGAAGAUUGGUGUGCUGUGGAAGAAGCCACAGAAAUAGAACACCAUGAGAUGUGCUGAGUAUUUAUCCUACAACCUUUCCUACUUUUAUGUUUUCUAUGUUCCUCUAACAAAGGGGCGGAUCUUUUUGUUUUGAAGUCCAAAACGGCAGUCAUUUGGAGCUCUUUUAGUCUAUAUACAUAUGGUGGUAAUGCUUGGUGAAUUCUGGAAGCAAAGAUCUCUAGAUGAUAAUGUAAGAUAAUGGGUGUCAUAUUUCAUCACCUUAUGGCUAUGUAAUCAAACUUUUCUACCACU